UAAGGCAUUCAGAGAAACAGUUCAAACUUCAAAGUUAAAUUGUUCGAAAUCUAAAAAGCUAUCCAUCUCUCUCUCUCUACGAUCUGAUUGUGUGGAGCUGAACGCAGAGACUAAACUCCAAGAUUUUCCUUCGGGUUCGCCCAAAUCUCAGGUGCUUCACAUUCCAAUCUCCACUUCAUUUUCCGCCACUUUCUUUUUCUCCCUUUCAUUUUGUAGUUUCUACCAAUUCAUUUUCCUCUCUCUCUCUCUCUCUCUCUCUCUCUCUCUCUCUCUCUCUCUCUCUCUCUCUCUCUCUCUCUCUCUCUCUCUCUGUGAUCCCUAUUUCGCGUCUGGUUAAUGUAUUCCUUGCUCAAUUCAUUGGUUAACUCCUUCGUCAACUGGAAGUUAAAUAGGUAAAUUUGUUUCCUAGUACAAAAUGUUCUUAGAAUCUUGGUUCAAUACAUAGAUUUAAGAUGUUUCUUUGUGAAAAUAUACUCUUUCCCCUUAAAUUAUGGAACCCAUUUAAUCAAAGCCAAAAGCAGCUUAUGGCCUAUGGGUAAUUAGUAGACUGAUUUAGGGUUUUGUUUCGUUCAUAAAAAAAAAAGGGAAUUAAUUUUGGUUGGAUCCCCAUUUGAGUCUAAUCAUGGUGAGGGAGCAAAGGAUUGUGUCAUUUUAUGCCAAGCUUCGUGAAUCUGUGGCAGCUUCGUCGUCCUCUCCUCUACUAAUAUUUCCAUCCACAUCUGAUGUAGACUCACUCUGUGCCCUCAAGAUCAUUUUCCAUAUCCUCGAAUCAGAUUCCAUUCGAUACGCCUGUUAUCCAGUGUCAUCAUUUCAGGAAAUUCACAAAUAUGUUGGGCCUAGUUUGUCUUCUUUUGUUGAGCCUGUUUCAAUUCUUUUGAUAAAUUGGGGGUGCCAUAGAGAUUUAAGGAAGGUCCUGAAUUUAGGCCCAGAAGUGCAUGUUUUUGUGGUGGAUAGUCAUCGCCCGAUUCAUUUGCACAAUUUGAGUGAUCAAAACGAUAGGGUGAUUGUGCUUUUUACACAGGAUGAUGAACACCAGACUGAUUUGGCAUACGAUUUUGAUGUUUCGGCUCUGGCGAAUGCGAGUGAUUUGAAUAGUGAUGAUGAGGCAGAUGAGGAAUUGGACAGUGAAGAUGAGAACAAUAGUGAAAGUGAUGAAGAGGUGGGUGGGAGUGGGUCAAGGAAGCGGAGGAGGGUUUCGGAAGAAAAUAAGGAAGACCCGGUUCAACUAUUCUGCAAACUGAAGAGGGAGUAUUAUCAUACGGGUACUUUCCAUGGAAAGCCAUCCGGGUGUUUGAUGUAUGAUUUGUCAAAUUCUUUGAGGAAGAAUACGAAUGAGUUGCUUUGGUUGGCUUGCGUUUCAUUGACAGAUCAGUUUGUUCACGAGAGGUUAACUGAUGAGAGGUACCAAGCUGGGGUUAUGGAGCUUGAGCAGCAUAUCAACAGCUCAGGGAAUUUGGAUGCCGUAACAUUGGUGACUCUGAAAGAUGGGACAAAGAUUCGAGCACCCAAUGUGUCUAGAAUUGCAUAUGAAGAUGAACCGAGACUGAUGUUGUUACAGGAGUGGACUUUAUUUGAUUCAAUGUUGUGUUCUUCGUAUGUUGCAACUAAAUUGAAAACAUGGAGUGAUAAUGGAAUGAAAAAGCUCAAGCUUCUUCUAGCCCGGAUGGGAUUUGCUCUUGUGGAUUGCAAACAGAAGUUUCAGUACAUGGAUCUUGAAGUAAAACAGAAGAUGAAAGAUGAGUUUGAUCGGUUUUUACCUGAGUAUGGGCUUGUUGAUUUCUACUACAGGAGUUUCUUGCGGUUACAUGGUUAUCACUCGAGGGUGUCAGCAGCAGAUGUGGUGUAUGGGGUUACUGCACUGCUUGAAUCAUUUGUGAAAUCAGAUGCCUCUUGUACUUCCAAGCAGUUUGGCAUAGCUUAUGAUGCACUGUCCUUGAGCAACCUUGAUAAGCUGAAAGUCGGAAUGCAACAUGCAAUCAGAAUACAAAGGGCAAUACUUAGACAAGGAAGCACAUCAAUGACUAAGAGUGGUUGCAUAAGAAGUGGAAGAAAGUUUCGGUGGGUAAAGCUCGAAGAUUCGGUGGAUACAAAGCUGCUGGGUUACCCCCAAUCUUUGACUAAAUUUUGUUAUUUUGUGAUGGAUGCCUUGCGAGAAAAGGGAGCAAAAAUGAAGCCUUUGCUUUGUGCUUGCUUAUCACAAGGGCCCAACAAGGUAUUGAUCGUAGGAGUUUGUGGGAAGCCUCGACUUGGGGCAGUUCAAGGAAACGCAUUUGGAAUUGCAUUUAGAAAUGCAGCUGAGGAGAUUGGAGCUGAGUUUUUCCAUGAAUUGUUCGAAUCUUCAUGGAUUGUCCUGGAUGCAGCUGCAGUCAAUUCCUUUAUGGUCAGGUUGUCUGAAAAACUCUGAUGUAGAACCAUCACACAUUUUAUCCAACACAAACCCUCGGCUUCUUUAAAAAAAUUCAUUUUUUCCCCGUCAUUAUAGCAUAUCGGAGUUGAUUGAUAAACUGCAUGCUAUAAUUGAUUUGUAUGAGUAAAUGUGAUUGUCCUUUUUUCUCUUAAAAUUUACUCCUGUAUCAUGAUUUUCCUUUAAACAUUUUCUCAUUGGCUUCCUCUGAUUUAUAUAAUAUUUCUUUGGGGCCCUUUUCUGUGAACA